AAAAAAAUGAAGAAAGUUUUUGAGCAUGAAAACAUUCACAAGAGAUUUAUUCCAACAUUACCUUCUCUUUGUCCUUGUUCUUCUCCAAAAUGUUUCAACAAUAUCUCCACACAAAAUUCCAAGACUUUCCCCAUACAACAAAGAAGCAUUGAGUAGUGUAUCGGAAGCAGAUUCAGAGGAUCUGAAGACAUAUUAUUACCGGCAAACACUUGAUCAUUUCAACUUCGCACCUCAGAGCUAUGCAACGUUCAACCAAAAAUACGUCGUCAGCACCAAACAUUGGGGCGGCCCAGAAUCCAACUCCCCCAUUUUCGCCUAUUUUGGAGCUGAGGCGCCACUCGAUGGAGACUUCUCUGUAAUCGGCUUCCUCUCUCAAAUCGCUCCUCGUUUCAAAUCCAUGUCUCUCUACAUUGAGCAUCGAUAUUAUGGGGAAUCGAUCCCAUAUGGAACGAUGGAGGAGGCCAUGAAAAAUGAAACAACACGCGGAUAUUUCAAUUCAGCUCAAGCAAUUGCGGAUUAUGCAGAAAUUGUGCUACACGUCAAGAAAAAAUUUUCUGCGCAUAAUUCUCCGGUUAUUGUUGUUGGAGGCUCAUAUGGUGGAAUGCUAGCUUCGUGGUUUAGACUUAAAUAUCCACACAUUGCUGUGGGUGCUCUUGCUUCAUCAGCUCCUAUUCUUUACUUUGAGAACAUCACCUCACCAUAUGCAUAUUUCUCGCUUGUAUCCAAGGACUUCAAGGAGGUUAGCCACAAGUGUUAUGAAACUAUUAGAAAAUCAUGGUCUGAAAUCGACAGAAUUGCAUCAAAAGAUGGAGGCCUCUCCAUUCUUAGUCGAAGAUUCAAGACAUGCUCGAGUUUGACGAGUACAUUGGAUUUGAAGUAUUACUUAGAAGGCAUGUACUCGGAGGCAGCACAAUACAACGCGCCGCCAGAAUAUCCGGUGACGGAGGUGUGUAGAGGGAUCGACGGAGCUCAAAAGGGAAGCGACGUUAUCGGCCGGAUUUUCGCGGGCAUGGCGUCUUAUCGUGGGAAAAGAAGUUGUUAUAAUAUGACUACCCGCCACACUCAAACUAGCGUCGGCUGGAGAUGGCAAACAUGUAGCGAAUUGGUGAUACCGAUUGGGAUAGCAAACGACACAAUGUUUGAAGCUGAUCCAUAUGAUUUAGCUGAAUAUAUUAAAGGCUGCAAACAAUUGUUUGGUGUAUCACCUCGACCUUAUUGGAUUACUACUUAUUACGGGGGCCAUGAUAUUAAAUUGGUACUUAAGCGGUUUGGGAGCAAUAUUAUUUUCUCAAAUGGCCUAAGAGAUCCAUACAGUACCGGGGGGGUGCUAGAAGACAUAUCUGAAAGUAUCCUUACAGUGACUACACGUAAUGGUUCACAUUGUUUGGAUAUACUUGUAGCAAAAGAGAGUGAUCCAGAAUGGCUGGUGACACAAAGGAAAACAGAGGUUAAGAUUAUGGAGGAAUGGCUUACGACAUAUUAUGCCGAUCUGAAGUCAUAAAGCAUGGACAAUCAAGCUAAGUUUGUUGUGAAAAAUAACGAUGUACUCCUAUAUAAGUACGUAAUUUAAUCGUCAUAGUCAAAAUUAUGCAGUACUUAAUUCCUACACUUGUAGAAGAAUGAUUUUAGUUCUAAAUUUCGCUAUGCACUUGAUGAAUAAUACUCCCGUCUCAGCCUAA